UCCAGUCUGCGAGGAGUUACGAACCGCUCUGAAACUUCUGCGGCUCACGAGUUUUUGCGAAAGUUCCAGGCAGCCAGACAGAAUGCGGAGCGGUGCAAUCCCCAGCUUCACCCAGUGUAUCAGCCUUGUCCUCGCCCUCAUCCUGUUCGCCCUGGGAUGGACGCUCUUUCUCGGCCAGCCCGAGGCGGCGGAGAUGCAGCAGGAGACCGGGAGGCUGCGGGAGGAGAACGGGAGACUGCGGGAGGAGAACGGGAGACUGCGGGAGGAGAACGGGAGACUGCGGGAGGGGAGUGGGAUGCUGCAGGAGCGCCUGCAGAAAUGCGAGGCGAGAGCCCUGGAUCUUGGGGCAGAGAUCACACGGCGCAGCAAAACCCAGGAGUCGGAGAUGUCACUGCAAAAACAGGUCAUAGCUCAAGAAAAAUCUAUUAAAGAACUGCAAGAUCAGAACAGGGUCUUGAAUUCCAAAAUGACUGAACUGCAAGGUUAUCUUCAGCAUUGUAAAGAGGCGAAAGAGCUUCAAGGGAAUGAGAUACACGAAUGCAUGAAAACUAAUGAAAAUCUGCGUAAAAACCAACAACAAAUUCAUUAUUUGAGGAGCCGUACCUCGGACUUGGAGUUUGCUCUAGACAACUGCAGGAGUAAUUCAUGCAAAGAGCAGGAACAUAGCAUUCUGUGGUACAUUUUGCCUUUUGUUUUGGGUUUGUUCCUGGGUUGUUGCUCCAAAUGCAUUGAUUGGUCUUAAUGAAGAAAGGAGCACUCCAGUAUGAAGGAAGUGGUUGCUGGUUCUAAACAGCGAGCGAAACAUUAAUUCUGAGCCUCUGGUCGUGAUCCCCAAAAGAAAGCUGAUAUAAAGAUGUUUCUCCAUGUCUGUGCUCCAGCUGAAUGGUUAUCCUGUGGUGAGGCUGGACCAGUGAUACCUCACCAACAUCCAGAUUCCCUGGGACACUCAUGCUGAAACAGUCGGCACUGAGAUCUGCAGCCCAGCCUGUUUGAGUAACAGUGAUAACCUACCAUGGAUAUAACAUGGGGACACAAGACACUUAAUGUGAAUGAGCCACUAAAUAUGUUGGCCCUGUUCCUUAGCUUGUAUGGUCUACCCUGUCAUGGACUUCAUACUUCAUCCCCAUUUUGGGACAACAUCUGCACUCUGUGUUGUCAUAUCAAUGAACUGAUCACUACAACAUCCUCCUGUCCUCCCUCAUGUCCGGUGAUCACUUCUGAUACCUCCAUACAAAGUGGGAAAUGUUCCUGGUCCAUCCCUUCUGAUGACAGUAGAGUUAAUGUGUGUGUAUUUUUUAUUUAAGUUCUUCUGUAUCAAUUUACAAUAAAGGUUGACUG